AUGAAGAUCGCCCUGACAGGUCUCUAUUUGGUACUUUCAACAGCGCAAUAUGCGCGAAGCCUCAUCGCCAACGCCAGCGAUUGGCUCCGCUGGCUUCCUCAGACAAAGAUGAUCAUUUUGGAGGGCGACGUGCAACAGUUUCCACUCAAGCGUCUUGAGGACGCCUGGUGCAGCGGAUGCAUCCAGGGCCUCUUCCCCAAGGAGGCGCGCCGCUUCGGCGCAGGCCUUUACAACCCUUCAGUGGCGCCGGGGCCUGAGGGACCCACCGAAGGCACUUGGCUCGCAGUCUUCCGUGCCUCCAACUGGCACUACUGCCCGGAGUCUGGCUGGGAUGGGAAUUGGUCGCACGUUCCUCACCACAAGGCACAGGGGCAGCAGUACAAUCGGCCGAUCGUGGCGCUGCUGCGGAAUUGGACGUUGCUGGAGGCAGCCGCCCUGGAGUUCCCCAAGGAUCGCUUCACAGCGCGCUUCCAAGAGGUUCAAGCCGGAGAAGUCCUCGCUGAGCGCUCGAUCGAAGGCCCUGAGGACUUGCGACUCCAUCGCUCGAGCGAGGGAACAUAUUGGGUCUCGUUCAGCUUCCGCAGCGCCUUCCUGGCGAAGCUCCACGUGAGCUUUUGCCACGGCAUCCCCAAGUGCAAGAUGGUUGCCUCCAUUGACGCAUCAUCCAUGACAGAGUUCACACCUGAGGCCUUGUGGAAGAAGAAGCACCGACAGCAACAAGCCUUCAAGAACCUCAACAUCGCAAAUCUCAAAGAGGACACCGCCCUGGUGGAGUUCUCCUUGAACCCACGGAUCCUUCUCCAGGUGGAUUUGCCCUCCGGGCUGUGGAUUCAGGUGUCGUCCAGUGAGACCUCGAGCCUCCCAGUCCUCCACGAGUCUCAGCAUUUCUUUCGAGGAGGAUUUUGCUGUCUCCAGGUGACUUGGGCCAAGCGAAGGGUGCAUUUGGGGAUCGCACACAUCAAGGGCCCAUCAGGGCGGCACCGGCCAAUGCCCUUGAAAGUUGGAGCCAAGUUGGGGGAGUUUCCUCACAAAGGCUUCGGGGUGAAGGAGCUUCGAGAAGUGCGCUGCAGCGGGAAGGAGCCGAAACGGAUGAUCUUCAGCCUGCAGGUGGGCCAGCCGCACAUCAAUGCGCUGGAGACCAUGCAUGGAGCAUUUACGAUGUUGCUGUUGGAUGUCUUGACCACGAUCACCAUCAUGGAUUUCAGCCCCAAGCCUACCGUCUCGGUGAACAUGGCAGGCCAAUAUCAAGGCGCUGCCAAGUUGGGUGACGAGCUGUCUCUUGACUGCCGGGUGGAAAAGGCCGGAAAAUCCCUGGUCUACACCUCCAUGACGAUCAAGUCGGGUGACAAGACUGUGUUCACUGGCCAACACACCAAAAUGUUCAACCGCUACGUGUUCCUACACCGCUUCUAUGUGAGCAACCUGGAAGCGCCUUAUGAGGUUCUUGGCCUCUCUCCCGAGCUUUGUUUUCACUUCCUGGGCGCCUCAGGAGUGCCGUGGCAGACGGACGUCCAAGAGGGCUGCGAGACCUUGCAGUUCGUCUCAGGCAUGAUGCUGAAGGAUCAGGACACACUCAUGCUAAGUGUGGGGGUCAGUGACUGUGAAUCCUCCUUCGUGUCCCUCCACUUGGCCACGGUCCUGGAGCUACUCCAUCCCCCACAGCCGCCCCAAAAGCUGCCAAAGCAUGUGGCCGCGGCGGGCGCCCGUGCCGACCGCGGCGGCCCAGUGGCGAGCGCCUUGCGGGCCCUGCGACUGCUGAAGGCAAUGGCCAAGCCCAUGGCGUUGCCUGGAGAAGCAACGCGAAAAGAUGUUCCAGAGGCCUUGCGCGCCCAGCACCGCCUGGAGCACCUUUGGCAGAAGCGCUUGGCGGAGAGGAGUCGGGCGUGCCAAGAGGCCAUUGACUGCCCCGAGAAGCACUUGUUGGGGAAGGCCGUCGUCCCCAUGCGCCGCUUGGGCGCUGCGCUGCUUCGAACCUCCCGCGGCUUCUCCACCCGGGCGGCGGUGAAGGCGGUGACCUGCGUGGAUGGCCAGCCGCAGUCGGUGGCCGCGGCACAGAUCUUGUCGCGGAUGUUGAAGGCUGGAGAUGAGGUCAUUGUUUAUCGCGCCACCAAAGUGGCAGAGGCGGUCGAGGCGGUGAAGGAUGCAGAGGCUGCGGCCUUGCAAAGCGUGGAAGACGUCGCAAAGGUCGUGCGCGAUCGGAGUGGCCUAGGAGACCACGUGAAGACACAGGUGGCCAGUGUGCUGUCCACGGGUGCCGCAGUGACCAAGUUCGUGGGCGAUGUCAAAGCGAAUGUCGUGGCCUUGGGCUCGCAUGGUCCUGGCCGUGUGCUUCACAAAUCCUUGGCCAGCUAUUUGAUGCAAAGCUAUGCUGACACGCGCAUCUUGGUUUGCCCGCUGAAAGAAUGGCAACCGACGCAGCCGAAAGGGCUGAAGUACACUGUGGUCUUUGAUGGAUGCCAGACCAGCCGCAAUGCAUUGGAGGUCCUUUCCAGCUUCACCACUGAGGAGGACACAGUGGAGAUUCUACAUGCCCAUGUGGUGCCGCAGCCGGUGUCCCGGGGUAAGUUCCGCGCCACGGUGCAAGCACCCUCCGAGGAGGAGUUGCAGAAGGCCCUGGCAGAUUCCAAUGCGCUCUUCGAUGAGGCGGCCUCCAUCCUCAGAGGAGGUUCCAUUAAGGAAGUGCUCGGGACCCACCUCGAGGUUCUGCCAGGUCAACAGCUGGGAGAACAACUUCUAGACAAGGCCAUUGGGAACGGCUGUGAUGUGCUGGUCGCUGGCACCAAAGCAAUGCCGGGUAUUGGCAGUUUCAUUGAGAACAUGAUGAAGGGCAGAACCGUCUUUUGGCUGAAGUCAUCGCUCACGGUCCACCUGCUGAACAAUGCGGUGGAGAUACCUGUCUUGUACAUAAACUGA